GCUAGUUUGUUUGGACUUCAAAAUAAUAAUAAUAAUAAUAAUAAUAUUAAUAUUAAUGAAGGCUUGAAACUCACGCUUAGAAAGCAAACUCUCUGUCGUUUUAUAGAGUGAGAGGCCAGACGGUAUUACUAGAGUUAGGUUUUUUUUUACAGUGAGAAUGGCGGAGAUGGAAGGAGGUGAAGGGGUGAACACGUGGGCAGACGAGCUAGCUAGUUUAAUGGAGGACAGUGGAAUCCGAUAUACCGGAGAGCCAAUUGAUAUGACGGCACCGCCACCGCUACCGCCGAUAUUCGCUGCAACAGGAAUAAUGGGAUCGGAGACGGAAAUGGAAAGGGAAAGGGAGAGUUUGAAGGAGCAAGUGACGGGGUUUUUGAAGUCGUGGGGAGAGAUGGUGGUGGAUUUAGGGAAAGGAUGUAAAGAUAUAGUGACGCAAAGUAAUUUGGUGACCGAAGAUUCGUUUAUUGUGCGAAAAUUUGGAAAGCCAAUGGCUAAAGCGUCGGCCAGAUUAAAGUUUUUGAACGAGUUUUUGCCUGAGGAUCGGGACCCUGCUCUAGCUUGGCCUGUCAUUCUCUUCGUAUUUGUUCUCGCUCUUGCAGCACUAAGUAUAAAUAGCACAGAUGAUAGCUUGGUUCCGUCGGUAAAGAAAAUGCGUGUACAUCCGCCUAGUGCUAAUCGCAUACCGCUUCCUGAUGGUCGGCACAUGGCUUAUCUCGAGCAAGGUGUUCCGGCCGACAGAGCUAGAUUUUCUGUGAUUGUUCCGCAUUCUUUUCUUUCCUCUCGACUCGCAGGUAUACCUGGAGUCAGAACAUCACUGCUUCAAGAGUUUGGUGUUCGCUUGAUCACGUAUGACCUUCCUGGUUUUGGAGAGAGCGAUCCUCAUGCCAUCAGAAAUCUUAACUCCUCGGCAAUGGAUAUGCUCUACCUAGCUGAUGCUGCUGGUGUUAAUGGAAAGUUUUGGGUGCUGAGUUACUCAAGCGGAAGCAUGCACUCUUGGGCUGCACUUAGAUACAUUCCAGACAGAAUUGCUGGCGCUGGCAUGUUUGCUCCAUUGAUUAAUCCAUAUGAGCCAAGCAUGACAAAGGAAGAGAUGAGAAGAACAUGGGAUCAGUGGUCCUCAAGAAGGAAGCUAUUGUAUUUCUUAGCUCGGAAAUUUCCGAAGUUCCUCGCUUAUUUUUAUCACCGAAGCUUCCUGUCUGGAAAUCAUGGUCAAAUUGAUAAGUGGAUGUCUCAAUCACUUGGAAAGAAGGAUGAAAUUCUGAUCAAGGAGCCAAUGUUUGAGGAGUUUUGGCAUAGGGAUGUCGAGGAGUCGACACGCCAAGGGAGUACAAAAUCAUUCAUUGAGGAAGCUGUGCUACAGGUGUCAAACUGGGGUUUCAGCAUAGCAGAUCUUCAGGUGCAGAGGAAGUGCCAGAGGAAUGGCUUUCUUCUUUGGCUCUGGUCCAUGUACAGUCAGGCAGAGUGUGAAUUGGUGGGAUUUCUUGGUCCAAUACACAUAUGGCAGGGUAUGGAUGAUCAAGUAGUGCCGCCAUCAAUGAUUGAUUACAUAAGCCGGGUUCUACCAGGGGCCAACUUGCAUAAGCUCCCAAAUGAAGGCCACUUUUCGUACUACUUUUUCUGUGACGAAUGCCACAGACGGAUAUUCUCUACUCUUUUUGGAGAUGCUCUAGGUCCUCUUGACAAGGUGGAAAUCGAUGGAACUUCAUUUGAAGCAGAGGUGGGAGAAGUAUCAUCCACUACAAAUUCUGUCGGGAAAUGAUACGUCAGUAUAGUUAUACUCCUUUUAGCACGAAGGAAAGCAAUGUAAAUACCACAGGUCAGUGGAGCAUGAAGAGGUUUAAUUCUAGGUGCUAUCUGUUUCCAAAUUUUUGAAUGAUGGGCAAUACGAAGGAGAGUAGAAAAGCAAGGAGGCCGCGAAUCCAGAUGAAGGUUUUUCCUUAUAUAGUGAAUUCUCAAUAGUCUUAAUAUUCUUAAAUACUACCACUUCAAUUUCGAGUAGCCACGUUGAAAUUGAAUCAUAUCUGAAUUUUUUUUUUCCUGUACGGGUACUUCCUGAGAAUUCAAUUAACUAGCAGUCGCAUCUCAAGAAGCGGAAAUGUGAAAAAGUAAGGCAGUAGUUUUCUGUUAGAAGAAAAGAUGAGACGGAGUGAUUCAUUCCAGCACUGAAUGCAUGGAAAGAAUUUCUCAUUAGCUGCUAAUAAUAUUUUCUAGAUGAGCCAUUCAGGCUCUUUAUAUA